GUGCAAUCGCUAAUGCUUAUGAUUUUUGUAUUGGUGAUGGACUUGCUUCAAUAAGAGAAAAAGUUCUAAACAACGUAAAGAAUCUGAAAACAACUGAAACAUACGGUUUACCAUUUAAAAUUGAUUUGAAAGUGGGCGCUAAAUAUAUGAUGACAGUGAAUAUUGACACUGAAGAUGGAUUAGUAAAUGGCGCCUGUGGAAAACUGAUAAUGAUUGAUUAUGGAAAACUUCAGAAGACUAAUGAGACAGUACCAUGUCGACUAUGGAUUAAAUUUAGUGAGGAGAAGACUGGAAGAAAAGCUAGAGCUAACUUUCACAAUGUAAUGCAAAACAGAAAUAUCGAUCUCAGUCUCACACCAAUUGAACCAGUAACACGGCAAAUAAAUACGAGAUCAACUAAUUUCAAAGUAGAACGUAAACAGUUUCCUCUAGUUCCUUCUGAAGCCAUGACUAUAUAUAAAAGUCAAGGUGGCACUUAUGAAAAAGUCGUUGUCAAUCUAAAGAAAGGGAUGACACGAUCUGAAUUAUAUGUCGCUUGUAGUCGUGCAACAAAAGCAAGUGGUUUAUAUUUAAUUGGCGAUUUUGUUCCACCAAAACCACCUGAACCUAAUGAUGCAGUAGCGAUGAUGUUUAAAAACAUGAGAUCUGAGCGAAUGCUGAAAUUUUCACUUGAAUUUCCUGAAGAAUCUCAAGAAGAAAGAUUUUCUAUUAUGUUUCAUAAUGUACAAUCAUUGAAUAAACAUAUUUCAGAUAUUAAAUUUGACAAAAUAUUUUUGUCUUCUUCCAUGAUAAGUCUUGUCGAAACAUGGACAAAACCUGGUGAUUCUUUAGAAAUUGAAGGUUUUAAGAUAGUUCAAAGACGUGAUUGCAAUGACAUACGAAAACCAUUUGGUCAAAUUACUUAUUUAAGAAAUGACUUGAACCAUCAAAAUAUUCUCGAAAAAUAUGAAUAUUCAGGCAAAAACCAUAUUGAAUAUUCCUCAAUAAAAAUUGAUGAUAUCUGUAUUAUUUCUGUUUACAAUUCACCAAAUGCAUCACUCGAUGUCUUAAAACGAAGUAUUAAGGAAGUUAUAACUGUUUCGAAACAAUUUUGUGAAAAUAUAAUUGUUGUCGAACAGUUGAAAAGAACAGCUAUGGAUACGAUAUGGGGUGGAGAAGUUCAAAUUCAAGCGCUUUCGAUAGCUCUAUCCCAUCCGAUCUAUUCAUAUAUUCAGUUUAACAGUGAUCCAAAAAAUAGACAUUAUAUUUCAUUGGAUAUUAGUUUACAAGAAUUAGUCGAUCGAUUUAAUAAACGGACAGCAGGUGGUCAUUUAAAAUAUAUAGGAUACAAAUUCGAUAUGAAUAAAUUAGGAUUUUGUGUUUAUUACAACGGUACGCAUUAUGAUGCUCUCUUACCUUUUCAAGAUAAUCCUCAACAAUUUGUACCGCACUAUGAUUUAAUCACCAUGAGUUUAUAA